GUUUGGGCGGUUGUCAUUGGAAUUGACGGGUAUGCAUACUACCCAUUGCGCGGCUGCGUGGCGGACGCCUUAACAAUAAAACAAUACCUUGAAGAAGACCUUCUCGUGCCAAAGGAACGAAUCCAAUGUCUUCUCGGAUCGGCGGACCGGAGUGACAAUUCAAACGCUCCUUCCUCCACCCCUUCCCGGGCAAACAUUCUAUCUGUUCUUUUCGGUCUCGCCACCAACCAUAACAUCGAGCACGGCGAUUCCAUCAUCAUCUUUUUCGCUGGACACGGCUCUCGCUACCCGUUGUCAGACGACGACGACGAGCCCGAUUUCGACGAGGAGCACGAUAAUGAACGCUCUCGUAAAUUCGUCGAGGUGCUUUGUCCAAUGGAUCGCAAUACCCGGGCCGACGGUAGUGGGGCGCUCAUCCCUGAUAUCACCGACCGAGAGCUCAACACUAUCCUCUCCCAAAUCUCUCGUACGAAAGGGCAUCGGAUUACCAUCAUUCUGGACUGCUGCCACGCAGGCAGUGUCACUCGA